AUGAAGAUCAGCACCAUCCUACUUUUAUCUUUAUCAUCUCUAAUCGCAAAAGCUGCUGCUGGUUAUAGUGAGACAUAUUCAGACGAGUAUUAUUGGUAUUCCAGUUGCUAUCAAUCAAUUUCGUCUCAAGUUUUGUAUUGUGAUGCACAAAAGGAGGGAUAUGGGUACUAUUAUGCUGAUGUGGAUUGCUCAUGCACAUCAGUCGCCGCUAUGGGAUCAAUGCUUUACUGCCUUUAUAAUCAAGAUAAUGAUAUAAACAAACUUGAGAAGUAUGUUAUCAAAACUUGUGCAGCUCAGAAUGUGUCCUAUACCAAUGAAGAGCUCCAAGCAGCUUACAGAAAUGCCACACAUUAUUUGGUUGAUAUGACAGAGGUUGAGAAUUAUAACGUGUCUGAAGAUUACUUCUAUUCUCCAAUUUAUCAUGAUCCCAAAUACGUUAAACGAAGUUUUGAGUCGUAUAAAGUGCUAUAUGAUAAUAAUUAUUAUUCUUGGUUAUACGGUAUAGGGUCUGUUGCUUAUUGGGCUGGUGUCUUAGCCCUUUGCUCUAUAUUUCACUGGUCAAAAGUAUUGUUUCCAAACUUUGUCGCAAGAUGUACUGGUCCAAUCAGUCGUGCGUGGAGAGCUACUGUCGUUAUUCCUGCUGCUUUAGACAGGAACCAUCUUGGUUCCAAAUAUCUUUUUGGAAAGUUUGACAUAGGUCUCGUACCAACUAGAUUUGAGUCAUUGGUGAUUUUGGGCUUUUAUGCAAUAGAAUUGGCUAUCAAUGUUGCACAUAUCUAUCCCAUUUCUGGGGGCAACACAAUCCGUACUACCAGAGCAUUGGAGAUCUAUGACUUGAUUGGGAUUAGAAGUGGUGUUUUGGCAGUUUGGAUUUUUCCUUUGGUGAUGUUGUUUGCAGGAAGAAAUAACUUUUUGAUUUCGAUAACCGGUAUAAACCAAGCUUCAUUUACAAGAUGGUGGGAGUCACAUCCAUUUACCAUUGUUGAAUCUGACGGUGAUGAACAAAACAUCAUUUUCUAUAUCAAAGUCAAGGAAGGCAUCACUCUAUACAUCUAUAACUAUUUGAUGAAACAACCAGACCAUUCGGCUAAUAUAAGAGUGACAGUGGAAGGCCCAUACGGUCGUCAGCAGCCAACCAGGAAGUAUUCCAAGGUUCUUUUAAUUGCAGGUGGCAAUGGUAUUCCAGGUCCAUAUACCCACGCUUUAGAUCUCGUUUCACACACCCUCAAUAAACAAAUCAGACUCUACUGGACAAUUAGAGAAUGGAAGAAUCUUGAAUGGUUUUAUGACGAGCUAGCAAAACUAGGUCAUUAUAAAGACAAAUGUGAAGUUUACAUAUAUUGUACCAGAGGUGGAGAUAUGCCAAACUUUGGCUCCAGUGGAUGUUCUUCAGAAGCUGGGUCAAUUUCCAAAACCAGCAAAGAGAAGACCAUAAUGCCUAUGAAUACUCAGCAAAAGAUAUCCAACGUUGAAGCUCUUUCAUACAUCCGUUUUGAAAACGGCAGACCAGACUUGAAGCACAUACUUGGUGAAGAAAUAGAAACAGCUGCGGGAUCAAUCGCUGUUAUGAGUUGUGGGCAUCCAAAAAUGUGUGAUGAAUUGCGUUCCAACGUUGCCCGAAUGACCUUGAAAAGUGAUAAAAGAAUCGAUUACUUUGAGGAGAACCAACUUUGGUAG